GUGACCAGGUUUCGGAUGCUAUUGUGAGUACCCACUUGAUAUCCAUCAUUGCGGAAAAAAUCUGAUCAACUUCACAGCUUGAUGCUUGCCUUGAGCAAGACCCUUUUUCAAAGGUCGCUUGUGAGACCGCUUCGAAGACCGGCAUGAUCAUGGUCUUUGGAGAGAUCACCACCAAAGCUCAGCUCGACUACCAAAAAAUCAUCCGUAACACAAUCAAACAAAUUGGUUACGAUGAUUCUUCCAAGGGUUUCGACUACAAGACUUGCAACAUUCUGGUUGCCAUCGAGCAGCAGUCUCCUGAUAUCGCUCAGGGUCUGGACCACGGCUCUCUGGAAGACCACGGUGCUGGUGACCAGGGUAUCAUGUUCGGUUAUGCUACCGAUGAGACCCCGGAAUUUAUGCCUUUGACCAUCAUGCUUGCGCACAAGCUCAACCGUGCCAUGGCUGAUGCUCGCCGAUCAGGUCUUCUUCCCUGGUUGCGCCCUGACUCAAAGACUCAAGUCACUGUUGAGUACAAGAACGAUGGUGGUGUGAUGAUCCCCCUGCGUGUGGACACGGUCGUUAUUUCGACCCAGCACGCAGAGGAGAUCUCCACCGAGGAGCUCCGCAAGGAAAUUUUAAGCAAGAUCGUCGCGCAGGUCAUCCCCGCCAACCUUCUUGAUGACCGCAUCGUUUACCACAUUCAACCGUCUGGCCGCUUCGUUAUUGGUGGCCCUCAGGGUGAUGCCGGUCUGACUGGCCGCAAGAUUAUUGUAGACACCUACGGUGGUUGGGGUGCACACGGUGGAGGAGCCUUCUCAGGCAAGGACUUCUCGAAGGUUGACCGCUCUGCGGCAUACACUGCUCGUUGGAUCGCCAAGUCUCUCGUUGCUGCUGGCCUUGCUCGCCGCUGCCUUGUUCAGCUCUCAUACGCUAUCGGUGUUGCCGAGCCUUUGUCUAUCUACGUUGACACUUACGGCACUGGCAAGAGGACAAACGAGGAGCUCGUUGACGUCAUUCGCAACAACUGGGAUCUCCGUCCUGGUGUCAUGGUGCGCGAGCUUGACCUCCAGAAACCCCAUUACCUGAGGACCGCGUCUUACGGCCACUUCGGUAACCCCGCAUACACCUGGGAGAAACCCAAACAGCUUAAGCUGUAAUCACUCUUUUGUCUGACUGGUUCCUGUGGAAUCUUGCUCUAUCUAGCAUAGGAAGUUCAUCCUUCCCUAAUUUGUCAUUCAUCAUCGCACGCACCUUUCUGUAGACUAUUACACACCAUCGCUUUCUACUCCGCAGCCGACACGCUGCCUAUUAUCACGACCAUUACCCGCGACUUUGCGAAGACCCCAACGACGUUGCAUGUUGUUGAUGCCCUACCUAUAUCCACUAUAUCACCUCGUAGUACCGAAGAAUACAAUCGCGUUCAACCGCGUAUUUUUCUGUGAUUAAAAACUAAAGUUAUUCUGCAUAGGCGGUGUAUUUUCACAUAUAUCGUCUAACUCAAGUAAGACGACCAAAGGACAGAGACUAGCCUAG